GGUAUGCAGGAAGUUAUGCAGGUGGGGGUCUAGACUGUGGCGAGUGAAGUUUAUAUGUAGGGUCGAAUCAUGCUCCUUUGAAAAAAAUGUAUUAAAAAAGAAGAAAACGUUGCUUGAGGAGGACACUUCCUUCUAAUCAACACUCUUGUGUAGAUGAGGAAUUUAAAGAAAGUGUUAAUGGAUUUGUCAGUCAAAUUCAGAUGACGAAUUUCACGAAAAUGCAGAAAUCAGAUGCCUCAUCGUUAUGACCGUACGAACUGGGGUGUUGAUGGUGUUGUUGUUUAUCGUCCUCAAGCUGUUGAGUGUGAUGGGAAAAGGUAGCAGUACAAGACGUCCAUAGCAGCGAUCACAGGCAGCGGUGUUUCUAUGGCAACUUGCAGGUAGAGAUACUGGCGAACAAAUCCACCUUCCAAAGACGCUUGGACCAGAGGUAGUGUCGUAGAGGUCAUCUUGGCUGGAAUUACUGUUGUCACGGCCACUACGUGAGACUGUCUUUGAUGCUAAUUCCUUUUAUUACCUGCACUGUAAAUAAUGAAAAGACAAAUCCCUAUAAUUGUUUAUUUGUUCUAUGGAAUCUGUUUUGGCAUCAUUAUAUAUUCAAAAUGGCUGACUCACGUUAGAAUCAACAGCAAGCUCAAUCCGAGAGCUUGUCUCCUUGAAAACAAUUUGGACAAACAGACAGUUCUGCCGGUGAAAGAGAGAGACUUCUUAAUUGUUGGAAUCGUCACGUCUCGGGAGAGUCUAAAUACGCUAGUGUUGACUAUGUACAAAACCUGGGCAAAACGUAUACCCGGGAAAGUCAUAUUUUUCAUAGGCAAAGGACCUGCCUAUGUUGGGGAUCUACCAGUUGUCUCCCUUGGUAACAUCUUGGGCGAUGUUUAUCCUCAGCGAUUCCUAGGUCUCGCUACACUGGAAUACAUGUUCAGGGAAUACGGACAAGCCUACGAAUGGUUUCUUCGAGCCGAAGACGACAUCUUCAUCAACGUUUCCAACUUGGAACUUUUCCUGAAAAGCUUGGACAGUUCUAAACCGAAAUACAUUGGCCAGCCAGGUCUGUUCAAGCCGAACGAGACAGGCGAUCAAAACGUGGGUCCGACCACUCCUUUCUGCAUGGGUGGACCAGGCGUCAUUCUGUCGCGGAAGUCCAUGGACAGUCUUGGUCCAGGCUUGUCAGAGUGUCUGAAGCCAGCUGUCACAAGUCACGAGGACACGGAACUUGGCAGAUGUGUGUACAAUAUAGUCGGUAUCCACUGCACGGCAUCAUAUCAAAUGUCGAAUCUGUUUUAUCAGAUACGGAACGAAUCCACAAUCCAUCCAGUGCAGACGGCUCUUUUGUCGGCGUUGACAAUCCACCCGUUCAACAAUUCUUCACAUGUUUAUAAACUUCAGAUUGUGCUGCAAGAACAGGUGCUUCGACAGCGGAGAAUAAAAAUCGCAAAGUUGAGAAAUGAAGUCUCUCGGGUUUCCAACCAGAUAUACAAAACAAUCACGGAUAACAAUAGGUCUGGUACAGAUUUAUUUAUUUCGAGUGCCAACAAUGAGUGGAGCUUUAUUCAGUCAGGGAAAUAUUACUCUAGAAAGCAUUCCUACCAGAAGCCUUGGUCGGGUCUGCGGUUCAAGGGAAGGCAAUCUGACUUGAACACCGCAGUCGUGGAAACUUACAGACACAUAACGUCAACACGAAUCAUGUGUUACGUCCUCACGCGGUAUGCAUACGAGCAUCUGACACCAAGUCGCGGACUGAUGCAUGUCUUGACGUUAAAGUGCAAUAAUUCUAGACGUCGGCUUGUCUUGGUUCAAAAGACAUUUGAUUCUCCAGUUGUCGAGGAGCAUCCGAAUUUACAAGAUAUUCCUCUUCGACUAAAAAACAACAUUUAUAUAGUACUCUUCAUACACAAUCAGUUGGUGCAAUUUUUACGUUUUCUUCGGCAUUUAAUUUCUAUAUCAGGAGCAUUUCGUGGUGGUAUUUAUGUGUGUGUUGCCGUACAGAGAGAUAUCCAUAACGAUCAUAACAAGGUGUUAAACUAUUCUUCUCAGUAUUCGAAAAUGAAAAACAUUCAUAUAAAUGUUUCAAUACUGCAAAUUGGUGAGAGACAUCAAAAAGGAAUUCACCGGUGUAUUAACUCGGUUCCGAAACAUGGUCUCAUUUUGUGGACUGACCCUGGCGUGGUGUUCACAGCGGGAUUCUUAAACAGACUUCUCUUGAACACUGUGGAAAAGAAACAAGUAUACUUCCCAAUCACCUUCAGUGCGUUUAACAGAAGGACAAUCUGCUAUAAGAAGAAGAUGUGCAAUAACACGUUAUUUAAUCUGGAGGAAGAGCGGGGAAUGUGGCGCUAUUUUGGAUUUGGAACUAUGGGAAUUUAUAAAUCUGAUUUGGUACAGGUUACGACUUUCAAUCGAAGCAAUAAAGAUUUGGGCCACGAGGGAACAGAACUGUAUAAUGAUUUCCUACAGAGUUAUCUACAUAUAUUUCGAACGGUCGAUCCAGGCAUUACGUUACUGAACGAUGAUACCAAAUGUACGUUUAAUAUUUUACAAAGCCAAACAGAUGCUUGUCGUAAGCUCACAUACACGUUCUUUGGAUCGCAAACAAGGUUGGCAGAAAUGUACUUGGAUCAUAUAAAUUCUGCAAAUAACAGCUUACAGUAGUUCUAUUCUGCAAAUAACGACUUACAGUAGUUCUAUUCUGCAAAUAACGACUUACAGUAGUUCUAUUCUGCAAAUAACGACUUACAGUAGUUCUAUUUACCGGGUUUCGCUCGUUAGAUAUGUUUUAAAACAACCCAUUGUAAGAUAUAUGGUAUUUAACUGCCCUUCGUGUACGUUUUUCUAUGUACCAAGGGUGACCAACUCUCUAUUUAACAAAGAUGGCGAACUCAACGAUUAAUCAUAAAAGACUGGGCAUUUGGGGACGAAAAAUCACUUUCAUUGUUCGAGUAUUCAUUCGAGAAGUACAUUCAAGCAGUAUUUCUUCUUCAGCAGCAUUAGGUAUAGCCAUUUCAGAUAUACUGUUUGAAUGCUCAGUGCCAUACUCCCAAGUUUUCAUCAUUCCGUUAAAGAUGUAUAAUGGUUUACAGUAUUUAUAUCUGAAUUCAUCGUAUGUCUAUACUACUUUGUAUAGCAGCUGCAAGCUUGCGGCAAUUGCCAUUUGUGAUAUUGACAUCAUCGAUGUAUCUAUGACAUUGUAACGUGUUUUGAGUAACACAAAUAUAAAAUAUAAAAUGAAAUAUGAAUAAAUGGUUCCUGUGUU